UUUGGUGGAGUAGAGCCUGCCCGCACCCCCGCCGGACGCAUGAAAUGUUUUGCUCAGUUGUGUGUGCCUGAGAAAAUGAUCAAAACAAAUCCACACACGAGCGGGAUGUAAACAGUGGGGUCAAAGGGCAAUAAACUAGAAGGGACACCUGUGAGCAUCUGCAGAGCCCAAAUGCGUGCAAAAUCCAUGCUGAAUGCCGCCUUUCCCCAGGAGCACGCUUCCGAGAGAGAAAGCGAGGAAGAAAACUAAAUUUGCCCCAAACUGGCUCCGCCCCGGAAGUGCCUAGAAUUGGAGAGGAGGGGAGAGAGGAAGCUUUUUCCCCCCUAGCUGCAGCUUUUGUACUGGAGCUAAAAUGGCGGCGCAAACCCAGAGUGGGAUUCUUCUUAGUGCGCUGUGUCCAAAGUUUUUGCAUACAAACUCAACCAGUCACACCUGGCCUUUCAGUGCUGUGGCUGAACUUAUAGACAAUGCUUAUGAUCCAGAUGUAAAUGCAAAACAGAUGUGGAUUGACAAAACAAUUAUAAAUGAGAACACAUGUUUGGUAUUUAUGGACAAUGGAAAUGGUAUGAAUGCAGACAAGUUACAUAAGAUGUUGAGCUUUGGCUUCAGUGAAAAAGUUACGUUGAAUGGCCGCGUUCCAGUUGGAUUGUAUGGAAAUGGUUUUAAAUCGGGAUCUAUGCGCCUCGGGAAAGAUGCAAUUGUUUUCACAAAGAAUGGAGAUGUUAUGAGUGUGGGCCUCUUGUCACAGACCUACUUGGAAGCUAUAAAGGCAGAACAUGUCAUUGUUCCCAUAAUAUCAUUCAACAAGAAACGACAAAUUAUGAAUCCAAAGGAAUCGGCAGCCAGCUUGAGUGCAAUCCUGGAACAUUCCUUGUUUCCUACAGAAGAGGAGUUGCUUGCAGAGCUCGAUGCCAUAAUAGGGAAAAAAGGGACAAGGAUCAUCAUUUGGAAUCUUCGAAGAGAGAAAAAUGAACAAACUGAAUUUGAUUUUGAUACAGAUAAAUAUGAUAUUAGGAUUCCUGCAGAUUUAGAUGAAGUAACAGGGAAAAGAGGAUAUAAAAAGCAAGAGAGACAAGACCAGGUUAUUCCUGAAAGUGAUUAUUCAUUACGGGCUUAUUGCAGUAUUUUGUAUUUGAAGCCAAGAAUGCAGAUCAUUAUAAGAGGACAGAAGGUGCAAACACAACUGGUUUCUAAAAGCCUUGCCUAUAUAGAAAGUGAUGUUUACAGGCCAAAAUUUUUGGCUCCAAAAACUGUAAAAAUUACCUUUGGAUUCAACUGCCGCAAUAAAGAUCAUUAUGGAAUGAUGAUGUACCAUAGAAACAGACUAAUCAAAGCCUAUGAAAGAGUUGGCUAUCAGCAAAAGGCAAACAUUAUGGGUGUUGGUGUAGUUGGAAUUAUUGAAUGCAACUUCCUAAAGCCUACUCACAAUAAACAAGAUUUUGAUUAUACCAAUGAAUACAGACUUACAAUACAUGCACUUGGUGAGAAGCUUAAUGAUUACUGGAAUGAGAUGCAAGCAAAGAAAAAUGAAUAUCCUCUAGAAGUGCUAGUUGAAGAUACCCAGAAGCGGCCUGAUCAGACCUGGGUUCAGUGUGAUUCAUGUCUAAAAUGGAGGAAGCUUCCGGAUGGAAUUGAUCGCUUACCAGAGAAGUGGUACUGUUCAUACAACCCUGACCCUCAGUUCAGAAACUGCAAUGUUCCUGAAGAACCUGAAGAUGAUGAUUUAAUACCAUAUGAGAAAACCUUUAAGAAAAAAGACAGGGAGAAAUUAAAGAAAAGACUGGAGAUGAGCCAACAGUAUUAUAAUGGAAUGUGUCUACAAACAUCUUCUGCCUUGUCCAGUACACCUCCAGUAGUAAAUGACAGUGUUCCAAGAUUGCAUAUAGAUGCCUCAAAUACUUCUCUUACAAGAUCUCUAAACACAUCAAACACGUCAGUUUCUUCACCUCAUUCUGAUGCUGAAAACAGCUUUAAAAGAAAACUUUCUAAUCCUGGGUCACCACUACCUUUCAAGAUCACAAGGGUGACUAGUCAAGCAUUUGAGAGUAAAAAGGAUGAUGAUGAUGUUAUCAUCUUGGAAGAGAGCAGUACUCCAAAACCCAUAACAACAGAUUGUGACAUCACAAUAGUAAAAGUUGAGGGUGGUGAUGUGGAUCAGAAUGCUAUUGAGAGAGAAAGUUCCGAGAACAAUGCUGCUUGUUCAGAAACAAACUGUUCAAAAGGAACCAUUGCAACACAAACUGAAAUACAGCGGCUUGUGGUAAAGAAGGAAGAAGUUCAGGACCAUGUAGACAAACAGCUGUCCAGAUUGGAACCUGAAUUUGAAAUAACCCUACUAGAACCUGGUGAUGUUUCAGAGGCUCCUUCUGUGGAUAUGGACAUGAAAGUAAAUGAACUAAGAAUUCAGUUUCAGGCAGCCAACAGAGAAAGAGAAGAAUACCAAAAGCAGUGUGAUAUGUUGUCCAAAAAGGUAAAGACACUAGAGCAAAGAGUAGUGGAAAUGAAUGAUUCACGUGUUAAAAAGGAAAUGUGUCAUCAGUCAACAGAAACAGAUGUUAUACUACCAGAUGAAGAACUAGAAAAUAUUAAAGAGAGAAGUCCAGGAGAGAUACUGAUUCUCUAUGAGCAGGCGUUAAAAGAGAUGCAGAAGCUGAAAGAACAGUGUAAUUCUUUGCAGAAUUUAAAAUCUGAAUGCAGUAAAUGUAGUAACAACGAGAAUAAAAGUGAAGUAGAUGACAUGGCCGUGCAACUUGAUAACGUUUUCAGACAACUGGACAAAUGCAGUAUUGAAAGAGACCAAUAUAAAAGUGAGAUUGAACUACUUGAAAUGGAAAAAACUCAGCUAGGUUUUCAGUGUGAAGAGCUUAAAACUGAAAUUGCACAGUUAAAAGCUUCAGUUCCGCAAAUCGUGGCACACACAAAUGACACUGUGGCUAAUAAUCUUGAAGACCCUGGAAAUUAUCCUGAUGGAGAAAGCAUGAAGCUGCGAUCCCUGCGAAUUAAUGUGGGACAACUACUUGCAACAAUCAUGCCUGAUCUUGAUUUGCAACAAAUGAAUUAUGAUGUUGAUGUAGUCGACGAACUUCUAGGACAAGUUGUAGAGCAUAUGCAUGAAAUUGGUAGUGCUUAAUUCCUGAAGCUGUAACAUACUUUUGCUCAAUAUUUUAUUUUAUUGUACAGUUUCCAAUCUGUAAAGACAAUUUGUUCAUUUCAUUUAAAGCAUAGUUUGUAUGCUUCAGAUGUAUUACCACUUUGGAAUUUUAAACAUUUCUUACAGAUGCGUUUAAUUUUUAUAAUGCAUUCAAAAAUUACCAUAGUCGUUAUAAGGUUGUAUACUUCUUAAGUUUCUUUGAAAAGGAACAUUGACCACUUGGCCGGUAGCAUUUCCCCAACAUGUUAGUAUUUAAAAAUGGCCUGUGAGUAUUUUUAAAUUUUGAUACCUUAUCACGUAUUCUAUAAUGAGAACUGCAAAGCUAUUGUGUUUCAUAUCAAGCUGUGUUUUGUUUAAUAAAAAGAUUAGCAGCUUCAUUUAAUUUUUAUAUUGCAUUCAAAAGUUGGAACCCAUGAUGUAAAUGCUGCUAUUUAUGGGUUGUUUUUUAAGGGACAGCAGCAAUUUUGACACACAACUCCUAACUUGCCAGUGUUUCAAAAGUGGCCUAUAUGUCUGAGCUUAGAUACCUGAUUUCACAUUAUAUAGUGGUCAAGAGUAUUGCAAUUCAGUUGUCUUAAUAUCAGGUUGUGAUUCUUUUUAAAGAUAUGGAUGUUUUUCAAAUAAAAUGUUCAUAUGAUUUAAAGGAGUUCUUCCCCCCCAAUUUCUAAUUUUUUGUGUUUUUUUUAAUAACUCACCUUAUUCUUCAAUAGAUGAAUGUACUGUUUAGUCUGGACAAAAUAAUUUUAUCUGUAUGGAGAAUAUUAUUUAAAUUUAUACAGUAUAAUUACACUUUGAAGAAAAGUGAAUAAAUGGAAAUAAGUUUUUAUUUACAUGAAAUAUGUAUAUUUUGUACUAAAUGGCAAAAACACAUUCUGGUGUUCUGAGUGACAAAUUAAAACUAACUGGGUAAAUACAAAACUUUCAUAAUAAAAUCAAAACCAAAUCCA